CUUAGUCUAUGGUUCAAAUAUCACCUAUCAAUUCUGUAAGUCUGUAAUAAACGUAGUGCUUAUAUUUGGGAACAGCGGAAAAUAAUGUAUUGAGGUUUGAAAUCAACACCAAGUUGUUUCAUUCGUUACCUAAGAAAUAUAUAGUUAUCUGUGAUAUCUUAGAAACCGAUGCAUUAGAUACACACACAGACUACUUCUGAAAAUCCAAGCAUUCCAAGUCCAAACAAAACGUGUGAAAACGAAUUGUCAUCAAAAGGUGCUUUAUGUCCACAUCCACAAUACAGCGUUAUCAACAAGUUUGGCACAAUCAUAACCAUUGGAUGGAUAUAACAAUUUUUCUUUAAAAGUCACCAAGCAAGAUACACUAUCUGUCAAUAUGGAACUCCUAGAUAUUAUGAAAAACUUAACUAUUAAACAUAUCCCAAGUGAAAGUGAUCAGCAGUUGUUCAAGUCUAUUGCUGCAGAUAUAGAUGAUGUACCCACAGAAAUAGUUUUUGCUGAGUACUCUGAUAAAAUUAUGCUUAUUGUAUCACAAUAUCAGAAGAUUGGAAGCAUGUUAAUGAUACAAAAAGAUCAAGUUCAUAGUCCUUUAGGUACUAAUGAUAUUUAUACAACAAAAGUUAUUUUUGGUGCUGCAGGAGAAGAACCACAAGUUGCGGCGAGAUACUUGGCGGAAGCAAUUAAGAUUACAAAACCACUUUGUAUAUUUAUAAAUCUCAAAUCAUAUGACAUUGAAACAGUCAAAGCUUGUAAAGAAGUAAUAUUAAAUUUAAUAAGUAAAACAGAAGCUUAAAAUGGCUACAGUGAGUGCAAAAAAAUUUAAGUCUGUUCAAAAAUACUAUGGUCAACUGGUUUUGGGGCCUCCAGGUGCAGGAAAAACAACUUACUGUGGAAAAAUGUCAGAACUUUUACGAAAACUAGGAAGAAAUGUUGUGGUAAUUAAUUUAGAUCCGGCCAAUGAUGUAACAUCUUACAAACCAGACAUUGACAUUAGGGAACUAAUUUCUCUAGAAGAGGUGAUGGAUCAGCACCACCUUGGUCCCAAUGGAGCUUUAUUAUACUGUAUGGAGUUUUUAGAAAAAAAUAUUCAGUGGCUUCUAAGUCAAAUUAAUGGUGAAAACUACACUAAUUACAUAUUUGACCUACCUGGGCAGGUAGAACUCUAUUGUCACCACAAAAGUUUAAGCAACAUAUUUUCAGAACUUGGUAGUGUUGGAAAUCUACAAUUUUGUGUUGUCCAUUUAGUGGACUCACACCAUUGUUCUGAUGCUGGAAAAUUUAUUGCAGCUUUAAUGUUAUCACUGAGUGCGAUGUUAAAAAUUGGAUUGCCACAUAUCAAUUUACUAACAAAAGCCGAUUUGUUAAAAAAACAUAUGGACAAACUGCAGUUUGGCAUAGACUUCUAUACAGAAGUGCUGGAUUUAAAUUAUUUGCUAGACAGUUUAGAUACUGAUACAUUUACCAGCAAACAUAAAAAAUUAAAUAGUGCCUUUGUUUCUAUCAUUGAAGACUAUAGUUUAGUUUCUUUUCAAUUAGUAAAUUUGUAUAAAACAGAAAGUUUACUCAAUAUUCGAAAAUUAGUAGAUAAGUCAAAUGGAUAUGUGUUUAAAGCUGAAGAAGGUAGACACAUAAAUAGCAUGUUAGCUUGUGCUAUGGGUGUCAGUAAACCAAUUGACAUUAAUGAUCUUGAAUAAAAUAUGCUACUUAAAUUGUGUUUUUUUUAAAUAUCACCUUGAAUUUAUUUUUUUAAAAUCACAACUAAUUUCCUCAA